UAAAGUACCAGUAUCCAUAUUUAACGAUGAUGACCUGUUCAAAGACGAUCCAAAUCAACAAUAUUCUGCUUUAGUGGCUCCUUUACAGCCUACUAAAUAUCAUCCACCUAGCGUUACUGAUAAUGCACGACAGGACCAUAUGAGCAUUUGA